AUGAUCCAGGCAUUUGAUGUUCAGGUAAAUGUGUCACGCACAGCGCAGCGUUCAGUUCGUAGGCCAGCCCUCGCAGGCUGGCACAUUUGGCACAGACAUCUUCAUACUCAACUGCUCACACCGACUUCUCCCGAGGAGAAGCGACCCAAGAUCUGCCCGAAGAUCGAGAAGCCUCAGGCCCUCACCAACAUCGACGGCAUCAUCGCCGAGUCGCAGGCCCUGAUGGCGGCCCGAGGCGAUCUGGGCGUGGAGCUGGAGCUCGAAAGAGUGGCCAAGGAUGCCGGACUUUUCGUCAUCAACGCCACGCAGAUGGUCGAGACGGUCGAGAGCAUGAUCGAGAGCCCGGUCCCGACCCGGGCGGAAGUUAGCGAUCUGCAGAACGCCAUAUGGGACGGCACCGAAGCUGAGAGUAUACAGCCCUCUCUGGGGCAAAUCGGCCACCAACAGAAUCGACACGGCUUGGAUGACCGCAAGAAGAAGUUCCUUCCUAGGUGCAUGAAGAUCGUGGAGGGCUUGGAGGACCGAGGUUCAGGAUCGAACUUCAAGAUAUGCAACACACCUCCGCAUGUUUCGGAGCCCCGGUACUACGAGCUGAGCGGCAUGGUGAAAGAUGCCCCUGUGGCACUUUGGACAUUCCGGAAUAUAUAUCCGCACUUUCCAUCAUCCCGCUGCGAUUGCAUCUUGAGGGAUGUGCGUUUCGUUGUAAACUUCACUGCGUUGUCAUUGUCCAACUUGAUGAGUGGCGAUCACGCCACGGUCAUGUGA